UUAGUUCGUUUAAACAGCAAAAAUUUAAAAUUAACUAUUCUCAAUCUAUCAAAGCAUACCAAAGUACAUAACUUAGCUAUCGAUUUUAGGACAGUUUAUUCAAUGUCAACUUUCAGUUCUCACGUUGACAUAAAAUGACAGCUUAAAACUUCGACUUUGAAGUUCGUAGAAAGAAAACACGGUGUAGAAUUUAUUAUACACUAUAAUAUUGAUGUGAUUGUUAUAAAUCAACAUGUAGAAUUGCAUGCUGAUAGUUAGAUGUACACGCUCUAUAUUAAAAUAUUAUAUACAAGUAUAGCAGAUAAAUAGUGUUCAUGUGAAUUAUUUCCAAGUUCCGUUCUUCAAUAAGCAUGUGAGAGAAUUUUAUAUAAUAAAAAUCCGUUUACAGUAUAGUUCCCAAAUGCCGAAAUGGUUCUCAUGUCAGAGGCUUCUGCAUCUACAGCUCAGCACGUCUCUGUUCGUCACUCUAGUUUUAAUUGCUGUCGUCCAAUUUUUUGCUUGCUACACCACCUACAACUACAAUCACCUGACAGCCGAUAAUCUUGGCAGCAGCCUUUAUCAUGUCACAAAUCCCAAAUUAGUAAUUAACAAAUCGAAACCAGAAUGCAAGUAUGAAGAUCUACUCCUAAGUUCCAAGUCAACGGCUGUGUGGGACGUACCAAAGAAUUACGAUGACUUUUUACCGACUGGAAUUCUGAAUGGAAGCUACUUCCCUGAUGUCUGUAAUCCUUUAUACAGUGUUGCCAUUCUAGUAACCUACAGAAACCGGCAGAGCCAAUUAGACAUAUUUAUACCAUACAUGCACAAUUUUCUACGUAAACAAAGGAUACAUUACAAAAUAUAUGUAAUAGAGCAGCAGGACAAUAAGCCUUGGAACAAGGGUAUGUUAUACAACAUAGGAGCAAAACAGGCCAUAGCAGACAAGUUCCCAUGUCUCAUCCUGCAUGAUGUGGACCUCUUGCCGCUGGAUGAGGCUAACCUAUACGCCUGCCUCAAACAACCCAGACACAUGAGUGCUAGCAUUGACAAAUUCCGAUAUGUGCUCAUCUAUAGCAGUCUAGUGGGCGGAGUGCUCGCAAUAACAUCAGAGCAAUAUAUGGAAGUCAAUGGCUUCUCCAACAAAUAUCAAGGCUGGGGCGGAGAGGACGAUGAUUUUGCAAAUAGACUUAUGAUGUAUGACCUCGAGAUGAUGAGGUUACCACCGACCCAGUCCAGGUACACCAUGUUGCGGCACAGACAGGAAAAGAAGAAUAAGAAUCGGCACAGAAUAAUGUCUGAUAAUAAGAAUAAGAUACACUUGGAUGGAGUCAGAGCACUCCCGCACUACACGGCCAGCGUCCGAGACCACAGGCUGUACAGCAUGGUGAGCGUCAGGUUAUGAUCUCCAGGGAAUGUGUUAUCAUCAUCUAUCAUGGGAUAUCUUCUUUAAGAGGACAUGGUUUUCUAUGAGCUGUGUAUAUGGAGACCGGUGACAAACAGUUUCAUUGGUUGUGUGAGUUGUAGCUCUACAUAUGCAUCAUACUGUAUUCUUUAGUUCUAGUAUCCCCGGAGUGUCUGUCUCGGUUACAUGUAUUGUGAUGAAUGAUUUUGAAUCUCGUUAGUCUUUAAGAUUAUUUAAAAUUAAAAUCUGUUUUGUGAACACACUUUACACUUAUAAAGUGAUCAUGAACCAGUACUCGGUACUUAGAAAUUUAUAGCUUAUUAAUAAUAGGCCACUGUUGUGUCACGGCCUGUGUGUUUGUUCUCUAUGUAAUUAGUAAUUAUUUUCCAUUCCCCUAUCAUAAUAAUAUCUGUAUAGUUUUAUUAUAUUUUAACACGACAUCAACAUAAGUCGCACAAAACUAUCCAGAUUUAUAUAAAACAAUAAACGUAGUGUGUCCUUGUAGCGUCUCUCGAUAGGCAGUAUAGGAAUGUUCCCACGUCAGUGUCAACGGAUGGACAUCAACGAUAAACUGGAAACUGUCGGUGUGUAGUUUGAUAGGAACACUUGCUGUAAGGUUACUGCAGUGGCGUGCACAGAGAUUUGGGGUAGGUGAGCAAAAUAUGUUUGGAAAAAAUAUACUAAUUUUUAUCAUUUCCUUUUCUAAAACAUUGAUAAUAAUAAGGUCUUUCGCAAGUAUUCAUUUAAAUGAAACUAAUAUUUUCGGAUUGCUACGCGUAAUUUAUAAUUGUUAUGCAGACGAGAUAUCUGCAGUGAUCACGGUUGCUGCUGAGUAAUCGGAAUGUCGGGAGAAUGUAAUCCGAAAAUAUUAGUUUCAUUUAAACAUUGAUAAUAUUCGCGCAUAAUGUAUAAAUGAAUGUAAUGAAUCUCUCAACCGCCUCUGAGCCACGAGAGAACCUUUAAACGAUUAAGAUCUGUUCAUCACCGUUUUAAAAAGUUAUUAAAAUCGGAAUAUCCAGUGGAGAUCCAAACAUUCUUAUUAUUAUUAUUAUUUAAAAACAACAGACAAAUAAUAUAUUUGUGUGUACACAACCUGCUAGCUUAUUAAAACAAUCAUAAUACUUUUUAUUAAAAAGAAUAACAUUACCUUUGUUUUAGUUCCAUCUCAACUGGUCACACACCUUCCCUUUGUAAUUAUUUUAGUUUUAUUAUCAAACGACAAUAUUGAAAAUCUAAUCGUAAUUAAUUUCGAUAAACACAUCACCAGCACAAAGCUCACAGCUAUAACUUUCCAUCAUUCGUUAAUAAAUUAAUUCACUAUUUACUAAUUAGCUAAUUAAAACUUAUUCACUUGCGCUUAGAAAGACAAAAGACAAUAUUCAAUAAUAAUAAAAUGGUGAAAAAAAUAUAUGAACAGUUUUCCGACCAAUCAGAGAGUCCCGUUUCAUUUGACAAUUAACGGACUUUCUUUGAGAUUUUAAACAAUAAAAUAUGCAAUGCCUCACGAAUACAACUCAUGCAUAGGUUUUUCCACACACACAUGCAAACAUUUCUGCAUACACACGAGAUUAAUAGAUCGUCCUUGAGUAUUUAUGUAUGGAAAAUAAGCACCGAGUGGUUGUGCCUAGCGCCGCUGUGGCAGCAUAGCCGCGCUAGCAGUUAGCAGCGGCCGAUCGAAAAUGUUUCGUUUUUACAUUGAUAGAUGGCACUUUAAGCAAAUCGUGAAUCAAAUGUCAUUUUAAAUGUCUGUAAACAUUUGUAUUUCGUAAUGUAUGUAAAUAAGAAUUAAACAAUAUAGGUUUAGUUGUUAUAUGGGUAGGGUAUGAGGUGCUUAUUUUCAUCUAUGGAGUGCACGCCACUGGGUUACUGUAUGCUUACUACACGUUUACAGUGCCACUACAUACGGAUCGUUUCUCGUAUUUUAUUCAAUAACCUACGUUAAUGCUAUAACUUGUGGAGAUUAACGGAUGUGAAACUGUUUACGCGGCGUCUGUAGUUUGGAUGUGUACACUCCAUACCGUCGAGACACCUCGUGCGUGUACACGUGUUUCCGCGAGAAAUAAAUGAUAAGCAAUUA